AUGGCCACAACUUUGCCACCACAGUCCACCCAGCCACUCGCCCCAGUAGAGCCCUUCACCUUCCCAUCCCGCUACUCAUUCCCACCAUUUUUCACCGUCCAACCUACACAAAGCACCCGCCAAGCACAGCUCCUGCGAUGGUCAGAUCUAGUACAACGGUAUUGCCGCCACCAUAAGAUCUUCCUCCUCCAUCUCCAGACAGCCUUGGACACGCCUUUGUUCCACAAUGCCGCUCUGCGGAAACGGCUGUCCAUGAAUGAUGCUCGUGCGGUAAUCGACUUUAUGGCGACUCCCAGCGCAAGCAGUGCGGCUGGCACCGUUGGCGGCGGAGGUGAUGGUCGAGCAGAGUGGCUGGAAGGGUCGCAGCGAGGGAGUGCGUGGAUCUGGUGGAAGAAGCCAGAGGAAUGGGGUAACCUGAUCGCGAGCUGGGUAGAAGAGACUGGGCAGAAGGGCGUGGUGUUAACUCUGUAUGAGCUGGUAGAAGGGGAGACAACGACUACGCAGGAAUUCUAUGGUCUCGACAUGCGAGUCCUGCAGAUGGCGUUGCAGACCCAAGUGAAGAAGGGCAAGGCUCAGGUGUUCGGCACUGAAGAUGAGCAAGGUGUCAAAUUCUUCUGA